UCUCCUUCUAUGCACGAGAGAUUGCUCUCCGUAGCAACACCUGCCAUCCGCCCUUGAACAGAAUCAACGACACAACAUCAAACCGAGAGAAAACCCCAGACAAUACGCUCCCUACCUCUAAAUUCGUCAAAAGUAUCAUCGUCAUGUAUUUUCCUCGCUCUCUUGUCGCAGGAGUCACCACAGUCCCAACGUUCUACUUUGGCUACGGAUCCAACCUAUGGCUGCAACAAAUGGAGACCCGCUGCCCCUACUCUUCCUACGUCGGAAUGGCCCGCCUCAACGACUACGACUGGAUAGUCGAUACCCGAGGCUAUGCCAACAUCGUCUCCGCCUCAUAUCCACCCUCAAACAAAACCGAGAAAUCUAACGAAGAACACCACGUCUAUGGCCUCGUCUACGCCCUAAGCCCCAACGACGAAGACCACCUCGACAAGUUGGAACGCGUCCCAACUGAUUACACGAAAGAAUACAUGUCUGUCGAGUUCUGGUCCGCUAAAACAGCAAUUCGCACGGAAAAUGACACGAUUGAUAUUCUUCUUCCCCCAACCGAGGCUAGUAAGGAGGUGCUGGUUUAUAUUGAUCGGUCAUACGUGACGCCUAGCCCAGCGACAAGCUUGGAGUAUAUAUUUCGGAUGAACAGCGCCUUUGAGGAUGCGGUUCGCGAGGGAUUUCCCGAUGCGUAUGUGGAGAAUGUCUUGAGGAAGUAUGUUCGUGCCAAGGAGGAGUGGGAGGAGGUUAGUUGGCAGGAGGUGCAUGAUCUCCCAAAUACCCAGAUAAUUGAACCGGAUAGCUUUAGGUGA